AUUCUGGCUUUAAAGCCGUGUUCUGCUGCUUUGUUCAUGCAUUGAGCACACUGCAGCCUCGGUGUUUCUACCCGUUCGCGUCGAAUACUUCAAGGCAAUAACCACAGAGUAGAGUCAAGCUGGGACACGACUUUGGCAUUUAGUUUCCCCGGCACUAUUAAUUAAUUAUUCUACGAUGGUAAUCGAAGCCACUUCGUCGCGUGAUGUACAUGACGUUAAGCACAAGGAGGCGCUAGUUUCACUGAAAAUUGACGAUGGCAUUGUGAAGUCGUUUGUUGAGGGUGCCACUGUCCCGGACGUCAACUUUUCAGUUUUUUUUGGCGAUGUUUUUACCCGGUUCAAAACUGAGACUGCUCUGGUGGACGCCAGGACGGGUGCACAGUACACAUUCGGUGACCUGCACGACGCUUCUCUACGAGUGGCUGCCGGUCUGCGGCGACUAGGCCUGCGCACGGGCGACAUUAUUUGCUUCCACGCCGCCAACGGGGCCGACCUCAUGAUCGCCAUGUGUGGAGCUUUCUUCGCGGGUGGUACUGCUGCCAUGGCCAAGACUCAUCUAACCGAGAGGGAAAUUUAUUACCAGUUUCAAGACAGCCGUCCGAAGUUUGUCGUCACCGACAUAUAUGACGCAGGCCGGGUAGUGAAGGCUUAUGAACGAAUCGCGUCAGUAGAGGCUGUCAUUGUUACGACGGGAUCUUACGAAGGGACACUGAGCCUCUCGGAACUGGUUAGAACUCCUCUGGAUAACUUUGAGGCUCCGGCUGAUGUCAGCCCAGAUACCACGAUGGCAAUAAUAUAUUCCAGUGGCUCUACAGGACUGCCGAAGGGUGUGGAAAUCACACAGCGCAACGUAAUCGCCCAGGUGACUUCAUAUGGCUACCUGGAUGCAUCGAUAUUUCAAAAGGCGACAUUCUGCUUGGUUCCGCAGCACUCAUGCAUGUCGGUGGCUUUUGGAUGACCAUGUGUUAUCUUGGCCAGGGAUGUAAAGUUGUCUUAGUUCACAAGCCGGAUUUUAGUUUAAUUCUGCCCGCGAUAGAAAAGUACAAGGCAACAACAAUUUUGCUGUACCCAACGUUCACACAAAAGUUACUCGCCUACCCGCUCUUAAGCCAGUCGGACACAAGGAGCCUUACGAAAGUGAUGAUUGCAGGAAACGUUGUGACGAGCAUGCUAUUGCAAAACAUAACCAAGAAGCUACGACUGAAAGGAAUCAUACAGGCCUAUGGAAUGACUGAGUUGACGGGGUGCAUUUCCUUUUCCAUACCACGACUCGAUGACUUCAAGAGCGUUGGGAAGCCUGCUCCGUUCGUAGAAAUGAAAGUGGUAGAUACGCAUUCUAACAAGAACCUUGGACCGCUUGAAAGAGGGGAGAUCUUUGUGAAGGGUCCAAGCACUUUCAAGGCUUAUCUUGGACGACCAGAAGAAACAGCUAGCGUCUACAAAGACGGCUUCGUUCGCACAGGUGACACUGGUUUCUACGCGCCAGAUGGCCGUAUCUUCGUCUGCGGCAGGUUGAAGGAACUCAUUAAGUGCAUGGACCAGCAGGUAGCACCCGUCGAACUCGAAGAAGUACUAGCUGUGGACGCCGCCGUGCGACAUGUGGUCGUGGCCGGUGUGCCGCACCCAGAGUACGGUGAGGCCGCCCGUGCCUUCGUCGUGCUCAACCGCCACCAAGGGGACGACAAGGAGGAAAGCAAGAUCGCUGCCAGGCUUCGUGCUCUCGUUGCCGGUGCGUGGCUUCUACGAACAAAUGUUGGCAUUAACCAGACCAGCUGUCUUUCCACAAGCAUUUGCAUGGCGGAGUCGAAUUCUUGGAGAGCAUCCCGCACACGGAUUCCGGAAAAGAUUUACGCAGCGCGCUGCAGAAGUCCUAUGCACAGAAGCGGGUGCUCAAAGACAUCCAAGCGCAAUAGAAUCAAUAAACACUCUAGUGACGUCUUACCAAAUCCAGGCAGUACCGGGAGGCAGCAAACAAGAAGGGCAAUUUACUCCAGCAUAUCUAAAGUUUGUUUUUCGUGGGUGAGGUGGUGUGGAAUUUAAUUACACGACACACUGAGCACUACAACGUGGCUUUUACACAAUGCUAUCAAAACGAUAGUAUAUAUUUAACGAGUAACAUAACCAAACGUAUGCCUUAAUUGUUCUCAAGUUCCUCCAUAAACAGCUGCUUUUAUGAUAGCAAUACACGUGAUUCAAUGCGUGGUCGAUACUAAGCAUGCAUAUCCAAAUUUCUUGUUUUUCGUUGUAGUGACACUCUGGCGUCUAACCCUAACAAGUUAGUCAGAAGUUUAGCUGUAGUGAUUGCAGGGCACGGACGAAAACUUUCAUUAAGAACGUAAUAAACUUUAUUGUGCCAAAACUUGUCAUGUGCUCAUUUCAGAGUCAAUAUCGUAAGUAAAAAAAUAGAUUUUAUUCUGUUGGAUUAACUGAAUUCUUUAAUGCACUUACUUAAUUCACAAUCUGUUAAAACUAUUGCAAAAAGGUUUAGCACAUGUGAAAGACAAUAUUCAAGUCACACCUGCAUCGACACACGCACGAACAAUGAGUGAAUAAAUAUAUUAGGUUUU